AUGGAGCACCUGGGUCUCAAGUUCCCGGCACCGACCGGGGUCGGGGUCGCCCGGGGCGACCAAAAGGUAAGCCGCAGCUGCUACUUGAAGGCGUGCCGCCAGAUUGGUCAAAAGGACCUCCAGGUACAUACCAUCGCCGAGGAGGCAUUUCAGGAGGAGGUAGGUCGACCUCGGGCCGAGCCCGUGGUCGAGACAGAGGAGGUCAUCCUCGACCUCAGCCGACCCGACCGGGUUGUGAAGGUAGGGGUCGGCCUCCAGGCCGAGCUCCGGGCACGGAUAAUCAACACCAUCAGGAGCUACAAGGAGGUCUUUGCAUGGGGUCCCGAGGACAUGCCGGGCCUCAGCCGAGACGUGAUCACACACAAGUUGGCCGUCGACCCCGCGGUCAGGCCAAUCCAGCAGCGCAAAAGGUACCUCUCCGCCGAGAGGAGGGAGUUCGUCAAAAAGGAAGUCGACACACUGCUGGAGAUUGGUCAUGUUAGGGAGGUCACAUACCCCACCUGGCUGGCCAACGUAGUCCUCGCCCCAAAGCCGCCCACCUGGAGGAUGUGCGUGGACUACACCGACCUCAACAAGGCCUGCCCUGUGGACCCCUUUCCCCUCCCCAACAUCGAUCAGCUGGUGGACGAGACUGCAGGGUGUGCCCUUAUGAGCUUCCUAGAUGCGUUCAGGGGGUACCACCAAAUUUUUAUGGAGGAGGCUGACGAGGAGAAGACAGCCUUCACCACGCCAGAGGGGGUCUAUUGCUACAAGGCUAUGGCUUUCGGACUGAAAAAUUCAGGUGCCACCUACACCCGAAUGGUGGCCAAGGUGUUCAAGCAGGUCCUCGGUCGCAACCUCCAGGCCUACGUCGACGACAUGAUCGUCAAGAGCACCGACGCCGACCUCCACACAGAUGACCUUACCGAGGUAUUUUCAAUUAUGCAACGCUUCAAUUUACGGCUGAACCCCAAAAAGUGCACCUUCGGGGUGCACGGGGGGAAAUUUUUGGGGUACAUGGUCUCGAAGAGGGGCAUUGAGCCCAACCCCGACAAGGUCAAGGCCAUCCUGGACAUGGAACCUCCGAGGUCCCUCCGGGAGGUCCAGCGCCUCAACGGGCGAUUGGCAGCCCUGGGCCGUUUCCUUUCGAGGUCGGCCGAGAAGGCCGCGGUCAGCUCCGUGCUGGUCCGGGACGACGAGGGGGUCCAGCGGCCCGUAUACUACACGAGCCGAGCUCUACGGGGAGCAGAGAUCAGGUACACACCCGUGGAAAAGACCAUUUUUGCAGUAGAUGCGACGACAAAGAAGCUGAACCACUACUUCCAGGCCCACCCCGUACAGGUCCUCACCAACCAGCCACUAGACGCAGUACUGAGGGCCUCGGGGUCGGCAAGCAGGCUGGUCAGGUGGGCCAUGCGGCUGAGCCAGUUCGACAUCCAGUUCAAGCCCCGACCCGCCAUCAAGGGGCAGGCGCUGGCUGACUUUAUAGUCGAGUGCACUGCCCGGGAGGCAACGGAGCAGGUCAGGGACGAAGACGAGGAGUGGUGGACCCUCUCAACGGACGGGUCCUCCAGCACCAAAAGCUGCGGGGGUGGAGUCGUCCUCAUAACACCGGAGGGGUUUCGGGCCUACUACGCCCUCCGCUUCGCGUUCAAAUUGUCCAACAACGAGGCCGAGUAUGAAGCACUCCUGGGAGGGCUCCGCCUCGCACUAAAUAUGAGGGUGGAGAAGCUCAAAAUCCGAUGUGACUCUAGACUCGUGGUGGGACAGGUCACAGGUGAAUUUGAAGCAAGUGAUGAAAGAAUGAGGAGGUACCGGGACGUGGUGCUCCAGCUACUGGGGCAGCUGAUCAAUUAUGAGGUCCUACAGGUACCCCGAGACCAGAACACAGAUGCUGACAUGUUAUCCAAGCUCGCCCAAGGGGCCCCGGAACAUAUCUCCAAGAUAGCCCGAAUUGAAGAUUUCAAGAGGUCGAGCUUGGAUGCCUACCCGGUCCUACCCGUGCAAAUCCGACCUCCCUGCUGGUUGGACCACCUCAAGGAGUAUAAGAAGACAGGCACGCUACCUCCCGACGAGGUCGACGCCAAGCUGGUGAAACGGCGGGCCCCCACGUACGUGGUCAUGGGGGACAUACUCUACAAGAGGUCCUAUAACGGCGCCUUGCUACGCUGCUUGUACCCAGACGAAGCCAUGUCAGUCAUGGAAGAAAUCCACGAAGGGACCUGUUCAGCCCACCAGGGGGCCUUCGCCAUGUCCCGGAGGGCCAUCUUACAGGGGUACUUUUGGCCCAAAAUGGCCAAGGAGUGCGCCGACUAUGCCCGGGGUUGCGAGACCUGCCAACACUUCCAAGUCACCCCGGCCGGCCAGCCACGAGCUACACCCCCAUCAGCUCGGUCAUCCCCUUCUCCAGGUGGGGAGUGGACCUAG